AUGACAAUAUUCACAUCCACGCUUCCAUCUCUUCCUCCCUUUAAGGAGGGCAUUGUUCAAACGCUUUUCAAACAACGUGAUGCCAACGAUGACUUUAAUCGACCCUGCUACAUCGAUGCCUUGACCGGCAAGACGCUUACAUUUGCCCAAGUACGAGAUAUGUCUCUUCGAUUCGGUGCUGGUUUACAAGAUGUGCUCGGCUUCCAAGAGGGUGAUGUGCUUGCUGUCAUUGCACCCAAUGUGAUUGAUUAUGCGGUGAUCUUGUUUGGCACAUUGGUUGCUGGAGGAGCAGUCAGCCCUGCUAAUCCCAAUUACACAUCGGGUGAAAUUGCACAUCAACUACGAGAGACGCAAGCAAAGGUCAUGGUGGUUCAUUCAUCGGCUUUUAAAAACGCUGUUGCAGCAGCCAAGGAAGUUGGCACAGUACAACACAUCUUUGUGUUUGGUGAACAUGCCAUUGAUGGUGUCCAGCCUUAUACUCAAGCUUUAUUGGGAACUCGCCUUGCUGAACCCGUAUCAAGGAAAGCCGAUGAUUUGGCCUAUUUGUGCUUCUCUUCAGGGACUACAGGCAAGAGCAAGGGCGUUAUGACAACCCAUGACAACAUUAUCGCCAACGUACGCAUGUUCCUAAGUGUCGAGAAGACUUAUUUUACGCCUGAACAUCGACAAAUCGCUAUCCUGCCAUUUUUCCAUAUCUAUGCAUUGACAGUCAUUCUACAUUCACCGUUUUAUACGAGAACACCAAUGCAUGUCUUGCCACGUUUUGAUUUGGUCAACUUUUUGAACACAAUUCAAAAAUACAAGAUCACAUUUGGAUGUGUGGUGCCACCAGUCCUCGUGUUGUUGGCCAAGAACCCUGAUGUACAGAAAUACGAUCUCAGUAGCUUACGUGCCGUCAUGUCAGGUGCAGCGCCCUUAUCAGUAGAGCUCAUGAAUGCUGUACUCCAACGCUUCCCAAAAUUAUUCAUCAAGCAAGGAUAUGGGCUUACAGAAACCUCUCCAGUCAUUUGCAUGCAGCCCGAUUAUCAAAUUGUACCAGGUUCUUCUGGUAUCUUGGUUCCUGACAGCUAUAACAAGAUUGUGGAUGAGGAUGGAAAAGAAUUGGGUGUUGGUGAACGUGGCGAGCUUUGGUCGAAAGGGCGCCAUAUCAUGAAGGGAUAUCUCAAUCGCCCUGAGGAGACUACCAAAUGUGUCGAUAGUGAUGGCUACUUCCAUACCGGUGAUGUGGCUAUUAUCGAUAAGGAUGGCAACGUGUUCAUUGUCGAUCGUUUGAAGGAGUUGAUCAAGUAUAAAGGUUUCCAGGUUGCUCCUGCUGAAUUGGAAGGAUUGCUUCUGAAACAUCCACAAGUAGCCGAUUGUGCUGUCAUUGGUGUGUACAACGAGGAGGAAGUCACCGAGAUUCCUCGUGCAUACAUUGUGUUGAGACCUGGUAUCGAGCCCAAUAACGAGACUGCCGAAUCAUUGCAGGCUUUUGUUGCCAAGCAAGUGGCUCAUUUCAAACAAAUCAAGUCUGUGAUAUUCCGUGAUGAAAUCCCAAAGAGCGCUACAGGCAAGAUUCUACGCAAGAUCCUAAAGGAGGAGGUCAAACAAGAAAUGGCUGCCAAAGCUACCCGUGCCAAGCUAUAA